AUAAGUACAUCUCGGAUAAAUCGACGUUUAUACGAGAAUAUUAGAUACGACUACGAUAGGUAAAUGGUAAUAUUAUACCGGUUUAGUAGUUACAACUAAAAUAGUUCGCGCUCGUAGAUAUCUAUAAUUAAACGUUGGAGGUGACGUUAUAGGACGGUGCUAUUCACAGUGGGUCUAGUUUGAUAUUUCUUACCGAGCAUGUUGGUUUCAUACGCGCGCUUCUCUAUAAACGUUUCGCCGGGGAAAAAGUGAAAAGAAAAAUUGAAGGGUAUAUUAUAGAUAAGUAUCGGCGAUACGCAUAUAGUUGCAGAUAAAACUCAGAGUAAAUUCAUCAUUUGCAUUGCGUGUGUACGCGUGCGUAUGCGAUUCUUUUAAUAUCGUUCCUUUAAUUAUCGCCAAUUCGUCGAUUCGGAGUAACACUAUGGGGGAAAAUCUGGAUAUGGGAGAAUGUCCGGUGUGCGGUAAGCAGGCUCGGCUGAAAUGCAGCGGCUGCAAGGGGAGCUUUUAUUGCGGGAAGGAACACCAAAGGGAAGAUUGGCCGUUGCACAAAUCAAUCUGCCAUGCCUGGGAGAUCGAGGAAAGCAAAGAAUUGGGAAGAUACUUGAUUGCAAGGAGGGAUUUAAAGAGCGGUGAGCCGAUCAUUUCGGAAGUGCCACUCGUUUGGGGAGCCGCACCUCAUACGUCUUACAGGGUGUGCGUCGGUUGCGGUCAACGUUGCGAGGACGUCGAAACGAGAUGUCCCAAGUGCUUCUGGCCUUCCUGUUCUACGGACUGCAAGGCUCUCCUGGCUAAGGACGGCCACGAGUUGGAAUGUGCCCUUCUUGCAAAAACCAGAAUCUUUCCCAGAUGCGACGUUUUGCUACCGAUAAGGAUGCUGAUACUUUGGAAGACAAAGUCGAAGCGUUGGAAAUUAUUGGAAAAGCUACAGAGUCACGAGGAUUCUCGCGGUCCUGGGACCGAUGCUUACGAGGAGGUGGAAGAGAUAACGAAUCAUCUUAGAGCCCUUGUCGCGGUCGAUCCUUCUUGCGCCAAGAUAUUGCCUAAAAUUUGUGGGCUAAUCGACGUGAACGGGCUCGAAACAUUACCGCCGGAAGGUUCCGUCGCCAUUUAUCGCACGACAUGUCUUUUGGAACACCGUUGCUUACCAAACACUCGGCAUUUCUUCGCAUUGGACGAGAAUGGUAGACCGAUCGUAAACGUGCUCGCCGUUACCUCGAUUAAAAAGGGCGAACAUUUGAGUACGUGCUAUACUCACGCACUUUGGUCUACGAGAGCGAGGAGGCGACAUUUGCUCGCGACCAAAUAUUUUUCUUGUUCCUGCGAACGAUGCGCCGAUCCAACGGAACUGGGAACGCAUCUUGGCACUCUGAGAUGUCCUUACAACGACGGCGGAUUCAUUCUUCCGAGGGAUCCGUUGGACUUUGAAACGGAAUGGUCCUGCGAUACGUGUAAAAAUACUCUUCGGUCCUCGGAGGUCGGUCAAUUAAUGGAUAGGCUCGAGGAAGAAGUCGAAGAGGCAAUGAGGACCCCAAACAAGGCCGUGCUUUCCGAUCUUCUUUCUCGACUUCGCGCUCUUCUACAUCCGGGCCAUCAACAUUGCAUAUCUAUCGGGCAUUCUUUGAUACAAUUAUUACCGUCGAACGAUCGACAAAAAUUCGACCUUUGCAAUCUUAUAAUGAAUACCGUCGCCGUCGUAGAUCCAUACUGCGAACGAUUGACACUCUACGCGGCAAUUACUUUACGAGAACUCGCCGAUUGUCCAGGACAAGACAAGAAAGGACAUUUGUCGAAAGCCAUGACUUUGUUGAUGUCAGAGCCUGCGAAAAGUCCUGGCGGUAAAUUAUUGCGACUGAUAAAGUCCGAAUUAGAAUAUCUUUGAUCCUAUUGUAUUGAUGUAAUUGUCCCUACGAGCGUAGGGUCCUAAAAUAUUAUAUUAGAUUGGAAGGAAAAUGCAAAGAAAAAAGAGAAAGAGAUCAGGCGGAAUAUGAAUCAAUAUGAAUUUUACAUUAUAUUUUAUUUUAUGGAUAAGCUUA